AGACAUCUAGAGCUGCAGUUACUGGGGAAUACAUCUCACAAGAAAAUGAAGACUAAGAAGGUAGAGCCACAGGUGGAAACCUUUGGGUCUUCUAAAAGAGGAAUCAUUGUCAAAGGGAAAUGGAAAUCAGUGAAACUGGACCCCAGCUUGUUUGCUGAUGAAGGAAUGGGUGGGCUUGUGUGCUUUGAAGAGUUGACUGACUAUACUUUGGUUGACUCAGACAAGGCAGUAACAGUACCAGAAAAGAGCAAGGGGAAGAAAAAAGCAAAGAAACGAAAGGCCAGUGAGGCAGAGUUGGAGGAAGAACCAGAGGCUAUCGAAGAAACAGAAGAAAUUGCAUCAGAUGCAGUUGAUUCAAAAGGAGACGCACAGGAGAAAAAGUUAAAAAAGAAGAGAAAGAAGAAGAAGAAACCCAAGAAAGAUAAAUCCUCACAGAGCGAUGCAUCUGCUGAGACUGACACGAAAGGUAAGGAAGAAGAGGAAUGUGUCAAAGUGGAUACAUCAGAAACAGCUGAAUUAAAAGAAGACCAAACUCUGGAACAGGUGACCGUGGAAGAAGAGCCGCGACCAAAUGAAAUAAAGGAUAAGACCAAGAAGAAAAAGAAAAAGAAAAACAUAACACAAGAAUCAAAACCAGAGUCAGAGUCACAGGGGGCCAAAGGAGAUACUGUUUCUGCAGGCCCUGUUGCCAAGGCCAACAAGAAAGUCAAGAACUGGACUAGUGCUGCCCUUUCUGGAUCAGCAGACCAGAACACCGAUGUAUCAGCCUGGAAAGACCUGUUUGUGCCUGACCCCGUCUUAAAGGCUCUGAGCAAACUCGGAUUUGCGGCUCCAACUCCCAUUCAAGCCCUUACACUGCCCUCUGCAAUCAGAGACCACAUGGACAUCCUGGGGGCAGCAGAAACAGGAAGUGGAAAGACUUUGGCCUUCGGAAUUCCAAUAAUCCACAGUAUUCUAGAGUGGAAAAAAUCCUCGGAUGGUCAGAAUGAGGAGACAGAGGGCAGCCAAGCUGAUCCUGGGACAGAAGUGGAAAGCAUUUAUUUGCCAAGAGCCAGUGACUCUAAGGAUGACACUUUUGAGGCAGCUGACCCUCACUUCAACACUGAUGACCAGAAAUCAGAUAAGGCUCCCGACACUGUCACAGCUGAGAAAGAAAAUGAUGACCAACAAGAGACUGAGGAGUGUGACACGGAAGAGACUGAAGAAGAAAAGCAAGGUACUCUAAGCGAUGAUGAUGACGACGACGAUGAUGAUGAUGAUGAUGAUGAAAACCAUGAUGAGGAGGAAAGUGCUGAGGAAGCGGUUGAAUGCAUCAUUCAGAAUGUGGACUUUGAAAACAAGGCAAAAGAAACGAAACAGGAGCAGAAACAGCCCCUGCUGGGACUGGUCCUCACGCCGACCAGAGAGUUGGCUGUUCAGGUGAAACAUCAUAUCGAUGCUGUGGCCCAGUUCACAGGCAUAAAAACAGCCAUUGUGGUGGGAGGAAUGGCCCCACAGAAACAAGCCAGAAUCCUGAACCGCAGACCAGAGAUCAUUGUAGCAACACCAGGACGCCUGUGGGAGAUGAUUAAAGAGAGACACGCCCAUCUUCUCAACCUCAGACAUGUCAGGUGUCUGGUGCUGGAUGAAGCUGACCGCAUGGUGGAGAAAGGCCACUUUGCCGAGCUAGAGAACCUUCUGGAAAUGCUCAACACAUCUCAGUACAAUCCAAAGAGACAGACCUUUGUUUUCUCUGCCACCCUGACCAUGAUCCACAGUUUGCCUUCUCGCCUCCUACGGAAGAAAAAAGGUCGGAAAUUCGAGCCACGAAGCAAGUUGGAUCUCCUCAUGGAAAAAGUUGGCAUCAAAGAAAAGCCCAAAAUUAUCGACCUGACCCGUAAGGAAGCCACAGUGGAGACCCUCACCGAGACCAGGAUCCACUGUUCCAAAGAGGAGAAGGAUUUUUAUCUCUAUUAUUUCCUCAUGCAGUAUCCAGGGCGCACAAUGGUAUUUGCCAACAGCAUUGACUGCAUUAAGAGGCUUAACUCACUGCUGGUGAUUUUGGACUGCACUCCACUGCCACUCCAUGCCAACAUGCAUCAGAAACAGAGGCUGAAAAAUCUGGAGAGAUUUGCCGAAAGGGAAAGUUGUGUCCUCCUCACCACGGAUGUAGCAGCUCGAGGACUCGAUAUCCCGGACGUUCAACACGUCAUCCACUACCAGGUCCCUCGAACAUCUGAGACGUACGUUCAUCGCAGUGGGCGGACCGCACGCGCCACUAAAGAGGGACUCAGUUUGCUCUUGAUCGGACCAGAAGACAUUAUGAAUUAUAAAAAAAUCUACAAGACUCUGGGGAAGGAUGAAGACCUUCCCAUGUUCCCCAUUCAGAGCGUAUGCAUGGAUGCCAUUAAGGAACGUGUCAAUUUGGCCAGACAAAUUGAAAAGAUAGAAUACCACAAUAGCAGAGAGAAGCAGCACAACUCGUGGUUCAAACAAGCAGCAGAGGCCUUGGAGGUGGACUUGGAUGAUGACUUGCUCAUGGGUCGUGGUAAGGAUGAGAACGAUGACAGGCACCAGCAGAAACUGCUGAAAGGGAUGAAAAAACACCUGAAACAUCUUCUCUCUCAGCCCAUUUUUAGAAACAUCAUGAAGACUAAGUACCCCACUCAAAUGGGCAAACUUCAGCUACCUGAGCUGCCGCUAGCUAACAUUGAGACAGCUCUAACCAGCGUGAACAAUCACAAAGAAAAACAGAAACAGAGACACAAACAAAGGAAAAGACAACUGCAGCAAAUACAGUAAUUUGCUUUUAAAGUUUCCGGUCUUUUUUUUUUUUUGGCUUUCAAGGCU